CGUGGUGACGUAAAUAGUUACCAUGGAGUUGCGCUGAGUAACCGUGAGAUAGUGGACUCGGAGGCUGGAGGGGAAGCAACUGCGGGGGGGUAUUUCCAUUUUAACAGGGAACAAUCCCUGAACCCAAAGGAAUGAAUCCCUAAUGGUGGAGUUUCAGGCAUCAGUGACAGGCUGAACCCGGAUUCCCAGGGCCCAUGCUUACACCUGACAAACGAUGGCCUGAGCUAUGAACAAACGGAACUAUAUGAACACUUCGGUGCAAGAGCCCCCUCUUGACUACUCCUUCCGAAGCAUCCACGUGACCCAAGAUCUGUUAAGCGAGGAGCCCCGGACAGGGCUACGACCAGUAAGGCACGCAAGGUCGGGGAAGUCAAUGACCCAGUCCCUGCGGUUAAACAACAAUGUCCUCACUGACCUGAGAGACUUCAACCAUGCGGUUUCACAGCUCCUGGAGCAUCCAGAGAACCUGGCCUGGAUCGACCUGUCCUUCAAUGACCUCACUUCCAUUGAUCCUGUCCUGACAACUUUCUUCAACCUGAGUGUCCUCUAUCUCCAUGGCAACAGCAUCCAGCGCCUUGGAGAAGUGAACAAGCUGGCUGUCCUCCCUCGGCUCCGGAGCCUGACCCUGCAUGGGAACCCCAUUGAAGAGGAGAAGGGGUAUAGGCAAUAUGUGCUGUGCACCCUGCCCCAUAUCACCACGUUCGACUUCAGUGGGGUCACCAAAGCAGACCGCACAACGGCUGAAGUGUGGAAACGCAUGAACAUCAAGCCAAAGAAGGUCCGGAUCAAGCACAACGCACUCAGGCGGAGAGGGUGGGGCAAGGGGUGGCUCACCUGCUGCAAGUCGGAGAGGGGGACGGGCUCGCUGGCCAGCACUUGGUGGGGCUGGCUGGUGAGAGACGGCAGCGGCGGCAGCUUCUUCCAAUGGGUCAGGCUGCUGCUCAGCACAGCCAAACGGCAGCACCCCAUGGCGGGGGUCGGGCCGGGCGCUCAGGCCGCGCCGAGGAGGGACGGCGUCCGUCACGAGCCCUUCCGGUCACAUGACCGGCGCCAGCAUCCAGCAAGUAACCCCCGCCCCUGUGCCUACCCCUUCCCGGAGCGGCUUCGCCGCCGCGGCUGCCGCCGGAACCCAAGCUUCCGGCCCCGCCCCUACCACGUGAUCAUAGCCAACCAAUGGGAGGGCACACCCUGCGUGACAGGCCGACUCCCCCUCCUGUCCUAUGCGCUGAUCUUCCCAAGCAGGAGCGUCCAGCCCAGGGCCCAGGUAGGGACCAUGUCCCCUGCCAUCGCGCUGGCCUUCCUGCCCCUGGUGGUAACAUUGUUGGUGAGGUACCGGCAUUACUUCCGACUGCUGGUUCGCACAGUCUUGCUCCGGAGCCUCCGAGAUUGCCUGUCAGGGCUGCGGAUGGAGGAGCGGGCCUUCAGCUAUGUGCUCACCCACGCCCUGCCUGGAGACCCUGGUCACAUCCUCACCACCCUGGACCACUGGAGCAGCCAUUGCGAGUACCUGAGCCACAUGGGGCCUGCCAAAGGUCAGAUCCUGAUGCGGCUGGUGGAGGAGAAGGCUCCUGCCUGUGCACUGGAGCUGGGCACCUACUGCGGGUACUCCACACUGCUUAUUGCCCGUGCUUUGCCCCCUGGGGGUCGCCUUCUCACCGUGGAGCGGGAUCCACGCACGGCAGCAGUGGCUGAAAAACUCAUCCGCCUGGCUGGCUUUGACGAGCACACGGUGGAGCUCAUCGUGGGGAGAUCAGAGGAGGUGAUCCCACGUCUAAGAACCCAGUACCAGCUGAGUCGGGCUGACCUGGUGCUCCUGGCGCACCGGCCCCGAUGUUACCUGCGGGACCUGCAGCUGCUGGAAGGCCAUGCCCUGCUGCCAGCUGGUGCCACUGUGUUAGCUGACCAUGUGCUCUUCCCUGGUGCACCCCGCUUCCUGCAGUAUGCCAAGAGUUGUGGCCGCUACCGUUGCCGCCUCCACCACACUGGCCUCCCUGACUUCCCUGCCAUCAAGGAUGGCAUAGCCCAGCUCACCUAUGCAGGGCCUGGCUGAGUCCAGGCGCAGGGGUACUUACAGCUGCCUCCCCCCACCCCUCCCCAAGCACAGACCUCAGAAUAUCCCCUCCCCUCCCUUCCCUGCUUGUGGACUGACACAUGCUGGGCUCAGGGCUAGAGGGGCUCUCCUCCCACCUCUGUCCCCUUCUGGCUCCAUGCUAACCUGAGGCCUCAAGUUCUGUCAGGCUGUUUGAUUCCAUCGGUUCCUCUCCUUCUAGUCCAGAGUCAUGGACUGACAGGCAAGAAGCUUGAGCUCCCAACCCAGCCCUGUCACUGAUUUGCUGGGUUACUCCAUGGGAGUCUCUGCCCUGUUCUGAGAUUUAAUCUGUUCUAAUACCAGAGAAGUUGACUAGGAGAGUUCAGGGGCCUCUCAGUUCUGGGCCUCAGAGAACCUGCCCCCCAGCCUCCCCAACCCCAUGCCAUUUCAGGUGGAAUCAAAGGAAGCAGUAAACACUGAGUUAGAGGGCUGGCAGGAAUGGCUGGGUGCAAUCUGGGCCAGAGGAAAUGGCGUGAAGCCUCAGCUCACAGCCAGGGCUACUCUGGCCUGCCUUAGCCCCAGACCACAC